CUUCAAUCGGAUGAAAUCGUAGCUGGCAGCCGUUCAGAUAAGUUUUGUCCACAUCCAUGGUGGUGAACCUAGCUGAUGGAAAGGAACGCUGUCAAACAGCUCAACAUGGUUUCCAGGCUUCCCAAGUUUGCUUCCCAUCCCUCAGUCACCACCAUGACCCCCCUUCCCAAAGGAUCUGCCCUCCCGGUUUCCUCCAUGGAGUCUAAAGUUGGACCUAUAGGCAGGCACACUAGUUUGACACGUGUGCCAUCCCUAAAUUGGAGAAAGGGUGAAGAGGACAGUGGAAAUAAAGUUCAACACUCUGGCUGCUUGGAUGAGGAGAGUAGUAUAACUAUAGAUUCUCAGUCCCCAGUGAUGGUGACUAAAAAUCCUUCCCCUGCAGCUGCAGUUAAAUGUAAGAGUGCAGUCCCAACUUCACAAAGUAGCUGUCCCAGGAGUAUACCCCAGCCGAGCAAAACCAUUCCCCGCAUGACUACUCCCAAACGCCUCUCCACAGGGAAUCCCCUCUAUAAUGGUAUAGCUACUCUGCAUGGUGGUAAUGGUGGUGGUGGUAAUGGGCGUUAUGGCACCUCAGGGCCUUGUCUUGGUCAUGUAUCCCAACAAAGAACCCUGCAGGGCAAACUGUCCCUGCCCAACGACAGCAUCAAGUCUUCCUCUAAAGAGAGCAUAGCGCACUCUCAGAGUUUCACCCAUUUCAAGAGGGCAGCCUGCCCCACCAGCCCACCCAUGACCCGUUCCUUUUCCUUUAACAAAGCUACAGAGCUUGCUAAAGAACUCCCCAGACCUUUAGUAAAAUCUCCAGUGGCUAGAUCACCCCUCAUUCAGCCAAAUCCAGUAUUAUCUGAAGGGAAAGUAGGUAAAUAUGGGAUUGCAAGGCCCUCUGUAACUACUACUGAUCAUCUUUUGCCAACGACCACAAUAAAGAAAUCACUUUUACCCAGCUGUUCAGGUAAAAAAACAUCUAUGCUCAGUUAUAGACUUACACGACCAACACUCAACAAACAUCUCCGUCCUGUUGUCCCCGAAACUGUCCAAAAAGAAGCAGAAUUGAGUCAAAAUAUCCAAGAUCCCACACAGAUAUCAGAAACCAGUUCAGAACCAACCACCAACAAUGAAAGUAUUGAAACUACCCCAAAUGAUACCUCAUUUGAAGUAAAGGAAGUUGAAGGCAGUCUGGGCCCUUUCUUGGAGGUUUUGGAUGUUAUGUCGCUAUCAUCGUCGUCCUCUGUGGAGAAUAAUGAUACUAGUGAAGAGUACAUGGAUGAUUUUGAUAAUCUCGGGAAUGGAGGUGAGACCCUGCUGCUGCCUGUCCUCAAAGAAGGGUUAGACCACUUUGGACUAUGUACAGAUGCCAACACUCUAAUCACCAAGUGCAAUGAGGAAACAUCGCUGACCAACCUGCACACCUUCUUGUCCGAAUCGGUUGACUGGGCAGGGAUGGGACUCGCAGCUGGUAAAGAUGACUUUGUACAUGGGACAUCUCCUACAGGCGAUUUCCCUCAUGGCUCGUCUCUGGACCUGUCGCCCUCAGACAGCUCUGGAGGGACUUACAUGUGGGAUGAAGAGGGGAUGGAGGCACUGGCAGACUCUGGACAUCCCUGUGGAAGCUUUGGCUCUGAUCUCAACAGCGUGGACAUUCUCAAAAACCUGGAGAAUGUGGAGUCAUGUGACCUGGAGGACGAUGAUCUCAUGUUGGAUUUGGACUUGUCUGAAGAUACAUCAUUACACAGCGAUACUGAUGGGAUGUCACCUUAUGAGUGCUCAGAAAAAGAAGGCUGGCCCAUUCAGGGGAGACGUCAGCAAUGCUGGGGCAGGUGUGAAAACAGAACUGCCAUUUUCCAGUCAUUUGACGGAUUUAGGGGACAGGGGCUGGAUAGGUCAAGGUCAGAUCACGCGACACUGGAUGAGCUGACGCUGAAACUCAUGGUUCAAGACUGCUCUUCUUUCACAGAACAGCUGCUUCAACUGAAGACACUGCUUCAGAUGGAGACAGAUGGUUCAGGUGAAGAGACUUUAGAGGCUUAUACUCCACAAUCCACUGACCAAUCUUUACUUGAUCAGAAGGUGGCACUGCUUCUGAAAGAGGUUCAAGAACUGAGAAAUGAGCUCAGAAGCAAAGACAGGAUGAUUGCUGAACUUUCCCAGCAGCUGUCUUCUCCAGUAGAGGAUAUGCAGUGCCACUGCCUGCAGGGGUCAGAGGCUUACAAGGAGUCAGCGGAGCACCAGGACAAGGAUACUCAAACCCUGUGGAGGCCACAUAAUCUUCAGAUACUACAGACUCCCAGAUUAUUACCCAACAAGCUCCACAACCAUGAAGGACUGUCAAGUCCAACCUCUACAGAGGCCCCUUGUGACAGUUUGGAUGCCGAGCUUAGUCACCACCCACUGACGCCCACGUCCUGCUCUCCAGACCUACAAAGUCCCAUCGCUGUUGAGACUACCCCAAAUUGUACUUUACAAACGGUAACUAUAUCUGCUGAUAGCACUGCUGCCUCCUCUUCCAGAACUUUUCAGAGCUCUGAUCCUGCUGAGCUCGGCCUCGCGAGCAGCCGGCUUAAAAUCAAUGAGCCAGCAAGCCCACCAGCUUCUGCUAGCUUUUGCUGUGAGCUAGAGAAAGGUAUACAAAAACUUCCUUUAAGAAGAAGCAGUUUUUCAACCCUACAGCCACCCACCUAUACUAAGAAAGCUUCAACUCUCAUCAAGCCCCAGGAAGUACAGCAGGUCAGUGUGCUCAACAGGGCCCUAGGUAGGGUAGGAGCCACAGGUCUAUCCAGAACAAGACAUCAACUUUUACCAGCUUCUGGACUACCCUGCAUUAACCCAGCCCGACAGACUACCAUGGACACAACCACUGUAUCACCAAUAUAUAACAAAAAAAAUCAAGGGUGCAGACAGUCUCUAUUUAUCAGAAAGACAGAGAGCAGUUUGCCCAGAGCUCGUGCUCCCCUUCAGCCCAAACAUUCCCGCCUUCCUAAGCCAAAGGCGCUUUCUUCUCUCCCAAACCCUCAGCAAGGUCAAACAAUAACCUCCCCCGCUCUGCCUUCUCAUAUGCUACCACAAUUCUAGAUUAGCCAAGCAAAGCUUGGGGCAUCUCACCAGAGUGUACAAAAGCUGCUUCGUAAUGCCCUGCUUGUAAGGAACCAGUCAAGUAUGUUGACUGAUAUCAAGGUAUUCUUUAAGACAAAGCCAUGCUGCUUUGCUUGAUCUGCGGGGCUCAAAAACAAAUAACGCCCUCUGUGUUACCCUGUAAAUUAGGAAUUCCAUGAAAAAAAGUGAUUCUCCACUGUAGCUCCAUGGUAAACACCACAAAUGGUUUGUAUUAAAAUGAUCUCUGUGUAUAAGUGUAAUAUAUCUUGAACAUAGGAGGUAAUUUAGCAAGAGACCUGAUCAUUUCUACCUGCUUUUUACCCACAAUAAUCAAUUCAGUUUUUUUCUG